GUAAAGCCUGCCUGUGCCCCUGAAGGCCGCCCUUACUCAAAUAACUUUGCCAUCUUAUUUUUAGCAAACACUCCUCAAUGCCAUUUGUGCAACCGUGUAGCAUUGAAAGGCAGUGUGAAGAAUCAACAAAGAAAGGACUCGCUUUCAUGCUUUUUUUGAGCAGAAUUUCAGUUACCGAGACAACAAAGAAUGGGACAGCUUUGAAAGCCUCAGAAAGGGUAUGCUUUUGGUCAAACAGAUGUCCACAGUAGCUUCACAGCAUUACUCUGGGCUCAGACAAGCUCUUUAGGAAGUGUGAGACGUACAGAAGAACCAGUAGAUGUAGUUCAGUACAGUACAGUUUCUGCGUUGAAGACAUCGCAGCCCCUGGUUCCUAUCACCCCCACUGUAAAGAACAUCUGAGUCUCCCAGCCUCUCUGAUCCUUCAGAAUGACUAAAGAAGAAGAGACCUCAGAAUGGGUGGGUGGACAGGAGUUCUAUGACAAAUAUGAACCCAAAGAGAUCCUUGGAAGAGGGGUGAGCAGUGUGGUUCGUCGCUGUGUGGAUAAGCAAAUCGGCCAGGAGUAUGCGGUAAAGAUCAUAGACAUCACACCAUCUGACAAAAUGACCCCUCUGGAGAUACAAGAGAUUCAAGAGGCCACCAUAAAGGAGAUUGACAUUCUUCGAAAAGUCUCCGGACAAAAGAACAUAAUACAGCUACAGAACUGCUUUGAGUCAAAGGCCUUCUUCUUUUUAAUUUUUGACUUGAUGAAGAAAGGAGAACUGUUCGAUUACCUCACAGAGAAAGUGACUCUAAGUGAGAAAGAGACACGUAAGAUCAUGCGUGCUCUCCUCGAGGUGGUGCAGUUCCUGCAUGCUCAAAACAUAAUCCACAGGGACCUGAAGCCAGAGAACAUCCUGCUGGAUGAUGAUAUGAACAUCAAGCUGACAGACUUCGGCUUCUCUGUCCAGAUAGAGCCAGGACAGAGGCUGAAUGAGGUUUGUGGGACCCCAGUCUAUUUAGCUCCUGAGAUCAUUGAGUGCUCCAUGGAUCCCAAGCAUACAGGCUAUGGGCCUGCUGUUGACCUCUGGAGCGCUGGGGUGAUUAUGUACACUCUGUUGGCUGGAUCUCCUCCAUUCUGGCACAGGAAGCAGAUGCUGAUGCUGCGAAUGAUUCUGGCUGGGAAAUACGACUUCAGCUCUCCUGAGUGGGACGACCGCUCAGACACCGUGAAAGACCUGAUUUCCAGGUUACUGGUUGUAGAUCCACAGAGUCGCUACACAGCCACAGAUGCCCUAAAUCAUCCCUUCUUUCAGCAGUAUGAAGUUGCGGAGGUCCGCUCCUUCAGUCCUUACAGGAAGUUUAAGGUUAUCUGCCUGACCGUGCUGGCCACUAUGCGCAUCUAUUGCAACUACCGUCGGGUCAAACCUGUCACCAAGGAAGUGAUUUGCAGUGACCCGUAUGCCAUCAAACCACUGCGGAAGAUGAUUGACGCCUGCGCCUUUAAGAUCUAUGGCCACUGGGUGAAGAAAGGACAGACUCAGAAUAGAGCAGCCCUGUUUGAGAACACUCCCAAAUUCAUCCUGCUGUCUAUCGCUGCUGAAGAGAAUGAAAUGUCCCUGAGGACUUCAUGACAUGAUCUGUCCUGACAUGACUGUAGUAUCCUAUCAGGAUAAAUCAGAACGCACCAUUACCUCAAGACUUUGAUAAGACAGAACAACACAUGCAACAGAUUUCAAAGAAGAAAUCAACAAUCAGAGAAUGACAAACAGAUCUAAAGCGAUUUCAUACAAAUGCUGCACUGGUAGGACUAGGACUACCCUAGGCUAGGUUAAGUUAAAGGGGAAUUGCCUUGAUUUUUCCAAAUUUCUGCAUGAAUAUAUAGUUAGCACGUAAACAAAGUCACUCAGUGUGGGGUCUUGUCAUGUGUUCCAUUCUAGAGAAACACGCAGUUAGAACUGUUCACAGUAGUGGUGAUGGGAACAAAACAUCUGAAGUGUUUAAUGCCUGUAAAAGCUACAUCAAGGGAAAUUAUUACACCAAAUGAAUUUUGUUGCCUGAACCUCAAACAUUGGUUUGUGUGGUUUGGAAAUGUGUUUUUGGCAUAAAAUAUGUGUAUUUUUUUAUUUUGUAAGGAACAAUAGUACAAAUAGUUCAAAUUUACCACAAUCUUACUAUUAAACACUACAUGUACAUAUAAAAGCACAUGAUGACGCGUUUAGGUUCACUUGGUGCGUUUGAUGGCAAAUAUUUGCUUUGCAGCCACCAAGAUCCCUGGCUUCUGUCACUACCACUGUAAAUAAAUCUGAGUUGGUACGUUUCCCUACUAUAUACCAUUUUACAACAAAACACUUUGUUUAUGUGUCAAUGAU